AUGACCCCCUCCUCUGAAGCUCCCCAAACUCGCCAUGCAAAGAAAUGGCUCGACGACGACGACGGCGACAGCGACAGCGAAGGUGAUGAGAUCAUUGACCUCCUAUCCACUCCAGAGCCGUUGAAACGAGAUGCAGCGGGGAAGAGACUCCUGGACCCGGACGCAUUCCGGUCAUUAACCGCCAGCCCGGCAUCCGCGAACGGGGGGGUGCCACCGGCCCACCUCCGCGGCCCUUCCCCGCGCCGCCGAACUCAGACAUGGAAGUCCAAGGCCUCAAAUAUGUGGGCGAUGUUUUGGGAGCAGAACAGGGGCGUGGUGCUUGUCGCUCUGUCGCAGAUGUUCGGGUCUCUCAUGAAUCUGGCUGCAAGGUUGCUGGAACUCGAGGGCGAAGGGAUGCACCCCUUUCAGAUCCUCUUCGCUCGCAUGGGCUUGACCACACUCAUCUCUUGCAUCUACAUGUACAAGGUCAAGGUGCCACAUUUUCCGUUUGGGCCGAGGGAAGUGAGGGGGCUGUUGAUUGCGAGAGGGAUGACAGGCUUUUUCGGGAUAUAUGGGAUGUGGUACUCGAUGAUGUAUCUUCCCCUUGCCGAAGCAACGGUGAUCAGUUUCCUCGCUCCCAGCGUCGCGGGCUAUGUCUGCCACGUCCUGAUCCAUGACCCUUUCACCCGGAAGGAGCAGAUAGCGUCUGUCCUGGCGCUUGUUGGCGUCGUCUUCAUCGCCCGGCCCACCUCCCUGUUCUCAUCGUCGGCUGCAGCUGAGGGCGCGCAAACAGCCGCAGGCAUCAAUGCCACCGCCGCCGCCACCAAUGUGACUGGGCCAGCCCCACACAUGGGCGGAGAAGCAACGCCGGCCCAGCGCCUCACGGCCAUCGGGGUCGCCCUUGUUGGUGUCCUGGGGGCGUCCGGGGCGUUUACGACCAUCCGGUGGAUCGGGAAACGGGCGCACCCGCUCAUCUCGGUCAAUUACUUCUCGACAUGGUGCACCCUAGUUAGCACCGUUGUGCUUCUUCUCGCUCCGGUUCUCAACAUAGGUCAGCCGGCCAUCCACUUUGCCCUGCCAACUUCGUUGCGACAGUGGCUGUUGCUCCUCUUCCUGGGUUCGUGCGGCAUGAUAAUGCAGUUCCUGCUGACGUCGGGCCUGGCGGGGGAGAGGUCCAACAGAGCGACCGCAAUGGUGUACACCCAGAUGCUGUUUGCGGCGGGAUUUGACAAGUGGAUAUUUGGCCAUGAGAUGGGGGUUGUGAGCCUGAUAGGAUGCGGGUUUAUAAUUGGGAGCGCACUUUGGGUUGCUCUCACGAAGAAAGAAAAGGAUACCAACCGGUCCAGUGCCGAUGUCGAGACGGGGGCCGCUAUAGAAGGAGAACCCAUGUUGAGACACAACAACAGAGGAGAACAGGAUGGGGAAGCAGAUGAAAUAGCAUUAGAGCUGCGUCGCCUAUCUUCGACUCGACUACCAAGCAACAAUACCGACUGCUACAACGGCGCGCACCUUUCGACAGUCAAAAUGGUACAGAUUAGUGAGGUCAAAGGAAAUAAUCGCGACAACCGCACGGCGGCGCAUACCCAUAUCCGGGGCCUUGGUCUGAAUGUCCAUGGCUUCGCCGAGAAGCAAGCCGGUGGGUUUGUCGGCCAGACAACGGCUAGAGAGGCAUGUGGCGUCGUGGUCGACCUGAUCAAGGCCCACAAGAUGGCCGGUCGCGGCGUCUUGCUUGCCGGCGGUCCUGGCACGGGCAAGACAGCACUUGCGUUGGCAAUUAGCCAAGAGUUGGGCACCAAGAUUCCAUUCUGCCCCAUCACCGGCAGCGAAAUCUACUCGACCGAGGUGAAGAAGACGGAGGUGCUGAUGGAGAACUUCCGGAGAGCCAUUGGCCUGAAGGUUCGAGAAACAAAAGAGGUCUACGAGGGCGAGGUGACGGAGCUCACGCCAGAGGAGGCGGAGAACCCAUUGGGAGGCUACGGCAAGACCGUCAGCACCCUGCUUGUUGGCCUGAAGAGCGCCAAGGGCCAGAAGAAGCUCCGGCUGGAUCCCAGCAUAUAUGAGGCCAUCCAGAAGGAGAGGGUCACCGUUGGCGACGUUGUCUACAUCGAGGCCAAUACCGGCGCGUGCAAACGCGUCGGGCGAUCUGAUGCUUACGCGACCGAGUUCGACCUUGAGGCGGAGGAGUACGUACCCAUCCCGAAGGGAGACGUGCACAAGAAGAAGGAGAUUGUCCAAGACGUCACCCUGCACGAUCUUGACGUUGCGAACUCGCGGCCGCAAGGUGGCCAAGACAUCAUGUCGAUGAUGGGCCAGCUGAUGAAGCCCAAGAUGACCGAAAUCACCGACAAGCUCCGUUCCGAAAUCAACAAGGUCGUCAGCAAGUACAUCGACCAAGGAGUUGCCGAGUUGGUCCCGGGAGUCCUGUUCAUUGAUGAGGCGCAAAUGCUCGACAUUGAAUGCUUUACCUAUCUGAACAGGGCGCUGGAAUCGCAGAUUUCACCCAUUGUUGUGCUUGCUUCCAACCGAGGCAUGGCUACUAUUCGCGGCACAGAGGAUCUCAUUGCCGCCCACGGCGUCCCCCCGGACUUCUUGGCCCGACUGCUGAUUAUCCCCACCACUCCCUACGAUGCAGAUGAAAUCAAGAGGAUCGUGCGUAUCCGCGCAACGGUCGAGGGCGUUUCUAUCACAGACGCUGCCAUUGAUAAGAUUUCAGCGCAUGGAGUGCGGAUCAGCCUCAGAUACUGUCUUCAGCUCAUCCUUGCCCGAGUCAAUGGCCGGAGCCAAAUUGAUGUGCAAGACGUUGCCGAGUGUGAGGAUCUCUUCCUCGAUGCUCGUCGUAGUGCCGAUGUACUCAGCAGCGAGCUGGGGCGGGGCUUCAUCUCAUGA